AUGUCGCAUGGCCGCCAACUUACCUCCCGAAACCCAGCAUCUAACUCCUGUGUUUCUGUCUCUCGAGUACAGGACAAUACGUCAGAUAAUCAGGUAACUGGAACGUUAAGGCUAAGAGCAGAGGAUGAUGCUUCGGCUACUCGUGGUGAAACGCCGGCACGGCAUAUUCGAUGGAGCCAGGAUGUGGUAGAUAAUGAAGGAAUGGGAAAGAAAAGCUCAAAAGGUAACAAUAGGGAGACACCGCAACCAAUGACAGUGUGCUGCAUCUACCAUAAGACGAGGCCUGUUGGAGAAAGUAGUUCGGAAUCAGAAUCCUCGGAAUCAGAAUCGUCUGAUUCGGACAGCGACCGGGGGGCUGAGGCUGCGAAGUCUAAGAAGAACUGCAGACGGAAUAGUCAUGACCACAGUGGCUCUCAGAAGUCGCCGAAAAGAACUCGAACGCCUGGUGACCAUGGUCCCGACGGCGAGAGACGCCAACGAAGAAAGCCUAGUCCAAAUGCCUACGAAAAGAUGCCAAAAUAUACGAAGAGCUGA